AUAUUCUAUUACUUAAAAAAGUUAUAAAGUAGAAAAAAAAAUGGGUGUAAAAUUAUCUUCUAUUUUUCUCACCAUCAAUUCAUAACCCAGCCGUCCUUCCCACUCAUAUAUAUAUAUAUAUGUUCCCACACCUCAAUUCCCUAGCACACAACACCUUAUUUUCUCAGACACCUUAAAAAAAAAAAAACACAAAAAGUAAUAAACAAAACCAAAAGACAAUGAAACUCAACGUCAACUUCAUCACCCUCUUCUCCAUAACCCUUGCGCUAUGCUUUGCAAUAGGCAACGCGCACUACAGACCCAGCGUCGAAGAGCCUCAGUCCGAACCGCCACCGACUGACCCCGAUUCGGCGGAUCCGGCAUCGGAAGAACCGUUAGUGGACCCGACAUCGGCUAACCCGACAUUCAUUGACCAGUCAUUGGCUGACCCACAAACAGAUGACCCAGCAUCGGCGGACUCGUCAUCUGAGGAACCGGUGACGGAACCCUCCGUGGACCCGGUAAGAGAUAGCCCUGCAAUGAAGGACCCGGAGGAACUGUAUGGGGACCUGUAUUCUGCUACCACGGAAUCGGCGGACCCGCCACAGGAGGACACGUCAGCGGACGCGCCAGCGGCGGAGUCGCCAUCCUCGAACACCGUCGAGGAAGGCUUCUUUGAAGGGAGUGGCGGCUUGCAACUCCGCAAAGAGUUUUCCUCGUUCUUCGCCGAAAUCCGGAUGGGGUCGUUGCGCGGGAGCAAGACGAUUACGUUGCUGAACCACUUCCACCACCACGACCGUGACUUUGUGAAGGAAAUCUGCUCCCGCACGAACUACCCCGACGACUGCCUCUCCACCGUGGUGCCCUUCCUCAGACACAAAUUCGACCUCAUGAGCAUCCUGGAAGCCGCCAUCAAGGCCUGCUCCGCUCACACCAAAUUCACCCUCAAAAUUGUCAAGAAACACAUGAAAUCCUCAUCGGAGAUGGCCAUCGCCCUCACUAAAUGCAAGGAGCAGUAUACGAACGCCUUCCACAGCCUGCAUCAGGCCUUGAAAGCCCUCCAGUCUCACGACCUCGCCACCGUGACCGUCUCGCUGAGCUCCGUGAUGGCGGAUGUCUCCACCUGCGAGAGCGGCUUCGAGGACCUCAAGUUGGCUACGGGUCAUGCUGAAGGCAUGGUCAGCAUAACGGUUAGCAACUGUAUCUCCAUUGCUUCCAUGAUUCACUCUUAG